GCCACCACUACAACCAGAACCCCCCCACCACCCACCCCACUGGUUUCAAACCAGUCGUCCUCACCUCCUCCUCCUCCUCCUCUUCCUCCUCGUGUGUGUUUAUAUACAUUUCCUCCGCUGACUUUUCUCCUCCGCUACGAUGGUUUUGACUUCUCCUUCCCAUCGGACCACCCGAUGUUGUGCAGUCUACUACACGAAGGCGUGAAUCUUUCCUUUUUUUAAGAGGUGGAUCUUCCCGGAUACAGUGAGGAGGUUUUUAAUCAAAGCAGGAGAAGAAGAAGAAGAAAGACACACACACAACACAAACAACAACAGAAGAAGAAGAAGAAGAGUUUCACGGAAAUCCUGUCAGAUCCAGAAUGCCACGGAGGAAACAAGAGGCGCCCCAGCGCGCAGCAGCCUAUUCUCCCGAGGAGCUGGCAGAGCAGACUGUGGAGGAUGAGGAGGCAGAAGCAGAUGACCUGCCCUCUGUCCCUCCGGAUGAACUUCCCAUGAAAGAUGAGUUUGUGGAGCACAGCGUGGGGCCUGCCAAGGAGCAGGCAUCUGACCAGCAAUCAGUAGGGGUUGCAGAGCUCUCGGGACAAGACAUGGACAGCGAGUCACAUGUCAGCGAGACCAGUGACCGGCUCUCAGACUUUGAGAGCCCCUCCGGAAAAGCUGAGGGCGCUUUAGUCACAGCACCUCUGAAUGGUGGCACUAAGACACCUCCCAUAGGCAUCGACACCUUAGAACAAAUGAAGGCUAUUUACUCCAGCUUCCUGACCAGCCCCUUGUGGUCACCGCUGAACUUGAAUUCCACACAGCCACAGCCGCAGGCAACAACUACUACAGAGAAGCCAACUCGCAGCAAUAGCACUAGCAGCAGCAGUAGCUGCAGCAGUGGUAACUACGACUGGCACCAGUCUGCAGUGGCAAAGACACUACAACAGCAUCCUCCCCAGAGCCGGCACCCGGCUCAUUCUGAGCCCAGCCUCUUUAGCACAGUCCAGCUGCACAGGCAAAACCCAAAGCUUUUUGGCUCAAUCUUCACUGGGGCCAGUAAAUUCCGCUGUAAGGGCUGUAGUGCUGCCUAUGACACCCUGGUGGAGCUGACAGUACACAUGAAUGACACAGGACACUACCGCGACGACAACCACGACAAGGCAGGCAGCGGUGCAAAGCGCUGGUCCAAACCACGAAAGCGGUCCCUGUUGGAGAUGGAGGGGAAGGAGGAUGCUCAGAAGGUUUUGAAGUGCAUGUACUGCGGCCACUCCUUUGAAUCCCUCCAGGACCUCAGUGUCCACAUGAUCAAGACCAAACACUACCAGAAAGUGCCUCUGAAGGAGCCCAUAGCCCCUGUGGCAGCCAAAAUGAUGUCUUCUAAGAAACGGGGACAUGUGGGGUUGGACCUCACUGCCUUACCACGUUCUAGAGAAGGAACCCCCAAAGCUAAGCACUCACAGGCAGACUCCAGUGACCCCUCACAUAAGGCCUCCUCCAGCCCCUACACCACCCCUAACAACCGCUACGGCCACCAGAACGGUGCUAGCUACGCUUGGCAGUUUGAAUCUAACAAGUUCCAAAUCCUCAAGUGCAUGGAGUGUGGGAGUUCCUAUAAUACACUGCAAGAGCUGAGAACCCACAUGAUGGUGACAGGACACUUUCUGAGGAUGACCAGCACUUUGGGAAAGAGAAUCAAAACACUUCCUGAGGCCACCUCCCCCAACCCUGGGAAGGUGGCCACGCCUACCGAGCAGACGGUCCAGUCUGUCCCACUGGCCCCCUCCACCUUCACUCCCCCUCCUCUUCAAACUACAACUCCCCCUGCCACCUCCCCUCUCCUCAAAGAGAUCAAGAAGGAGGAGGUCGAGGAGGAGUGCACUAACGAAGAGGCUGUUGGAAGUGAAAAGCUUGUUCCUUCUUCUGUUGGGAAGGAGGAAGACUCUGAGAAGGAGGAAAAAUACGACAUUUCAAAGUAUAACUAUCUGACUGAAGAGGACCUGAAGGAGAGCCCCAAGGGGGGCUUCGAUAUUCUCAAAUCACUGGAAAACACUGUGGCAUCAGCCAUCAACAAGGCCCAGAGUGGGAAUCCAAGCUGGGGGGGCUACCCUAGCAUCCAUGCUGCCUACCAGUUCCCCAGUGCCCUCAAGCUCCAUCAGGGCAUGAUGGAAAAGAAUUCCCCGAUUAGAUUCUUGUUCAACGGAGGGGAUGGAGCAUUAUCCAAGAACCAACCCCUCAUUUCCCCACCCCUGAGUCAGUCCUCCCCCUUCCCCAGCAACAACUUCCAAGCGAUGGAGGAAUUGGUCAAAAAAGUCACUGAGAAGGUUGCAAAGGUAGAGCAAAGGGUAAAGCAGUUGUCCCCAAAGAAGGAGAACCACCUCUCCCCUUGCAGUAGUGAUGCUGGGGAAUCCCACAAGGGAGGCGAGGCCGACUCACCUCGGGAAUGGAGGGCUGUCACCCCAGCCAAUAGCGACAGGGGAAGCCAUAGCGACAGAGCAUCCCCGGCAACAGAACCCAAGCGGGAGACAACAGUCAAGUCCCCGCUCGCCUCCACACUGAGAUGCAGUUCGGCCAUUAUUACUGGCCACACUCCUCCAGAGCAGCCCUUUGUCAACCCUCUAAGUGCUCUUCAGUCAGUAAUGAACAUUCAUUUGGGGAAAGCAGCCAAGCCCUCAUUGCCAAACCAAGAUCCCCUGAGCCUGCUCUCCAGGCUCAGCCAGAGCAUGGCUGAGAGGGCUGCUGUGGCUGCUCCGCCAUCACAGAUCAAGAAGCUGGAAAGUGUAGUUGAUAAUAGUUUUUGCCAGCCCAGUGAUGACCAGCCUAUGGACCUCACGAAAGGGAGCAGUGAAAGAGGCGGCUCUGUAGGCGCGGCCCCCCUAACGCCCUCAUCCACAGCCUCCUCCAUCUCUCCUGCCUCUUUUGUUUCUCCUGCAAAGCUCACAGUGGUCUCCCCCUACACAUCCAGCAGCCCUCUUCAUGAAAAUGCAUUGUCGGACAUCUCAGACAUGUUGAGGAACCUGACCCAGUCCCACCACGUCCCAAAGCCUCCCUCGCGGACCCGGGUCACAGAUAAAGCUGAGGUUGUGGGAUCUACUCAUGACGACGAUGACGCAUCCCAGCAUGGGCACAAGCGUAAAGGCCGUCACUCCAACUGGAACCCCCAGCACCUCCUCCUACUGCAGGCCCAGUUUGCCUCCUGCCUGAGGCAGACAUCGGAGGGGAAGUUCAUCAUUAACGACCUCAGCCCACAGGAGCGAAUGCACGUAUCACGUUUCACAGGUCUGUCUAUGACCACCAUCAGCCACUGGCUGGCCAACGUCAAGUACCAGCUUAGGAGGACGGGCAGAACCAAGUUUCUGAAGAACCUGGACUCCGGUCAGCCCAUAUUCUUCUGUAGCGACUGUGCCUCACAGAUCCGAACCCCAGCAGCUUACGUGUGUCACCUGGAGGCCCACAUGGGCUUCAGGAUCAAGGACCUGGGCAAGCUGUCCCACAAACAGACUGUCAGAGACUCCCACUGUCUCACUGAGAAACUAGUGCCCCUGGAGUCCUUCCUUUCCCCACAAUCACAAGAUGACUCCGGCGGUAAUGGGUCAGUGUUCCGCUGCCAACUCUGUGUCCGUAAAUUUGCCACUAAGCACGCCAUCAAGCUUCACCUCAGCAAGAGCCAUGGGAAGUCUCCAGAGGACCAUAUGCUAUAUGUGUGCGAACUAGAGAAACACUAAAUUACUCUCAGCAGUAGAAGUACCGGAGAGCAUGUAGAAUUAUUGUUUAAAAGAAAUACAGAGAAUAUUUGAAAAGUGUGGUAAUGCACAAAGUUGCCAUGAACUACUGUUAAAAUGUCAGCACAAAGUGUUUACAUCUAUUUGGCCCAGAGACAUUUCUGAUUCCUCCGUUUCAAAAGACUUUCAUUUCACAUCAAAAUAUACUACAGGUCAAAGAUAUUCAGCCCAACUUGUCAUCAGCUUUGUUGUCUCCCGGUCUCUCCAUGUUCACCUCCUGGAAACAUGAGACGACCGAGGACCGAGUCAUAAUCCUGGUGAAUCUCUUGACUUAGAAGCUCAGCUAAUAACUUGAAAUGUAUUAACUAUUGUAUUUAUUUUGUAUUUUUUGUGAGUUUGGUUUUUGAUUUGCUGGUAGACUGCAUGUUCAACAAGUUCUACUGUUAUGUUUGUACAGUCCUGUCCUGUCCUGUCCAGAUUUUAAAUGCCCUCUGGUCAUUUUCCAAACACCUUAAAACAGCCAAAUGCCUGGGAAAGCUCCUUUAAAAAAAAAAAAAAACAAUUUAAAAAAAGAACCUGCCAAACAGCAAAAGUACCCUUGCUUGUUUUAUCGUUUUCUCUGUACAGCCUAUUGAUUUUCUUGCUGAUUGUAAAAGUUGCCUUGUUCUUUAUCAUUGAUUAAGGGGCACUUAAAAUCCAGGUCUCUGUAAAAAUGUACAUAAAGUGUAUAAGCUUACAACUUGCUGUUUAAAUUAUGCAUACUUGUUAUAUUUCCUAAUUUAAGAGGACUAUGACUAUCCACUGGUGCAGAGCCUUUGAAGAAGAUUAAAAGGACAUUGUUUUGCACAAUAGUUUUAUAAAUGUUAUUUGAUAAAAAAAAAGAAACAAUACAAAUAUGUUAAUGCCUUGUGCUUCUAUGAUUAAAUUGAAUUAACUGCUGCAUAAAA